AACCGUUGCCAGGAAGUGACGUUGCCUAGUUACUAGCACCAUGUCCCGCUGACAGCAGCCAGUUGAAGCCCGCUAACGAAGAUUUUGUUUUUAAUGCAGCUUUGUGUUUCAUGUAUUUGUCUCCUCAACUUAACACACACUCUCUAACGAAGUAAAGGCAACUGUAAUGUGAAACACUGUGUAUUGGGCGACCCUUCUCCAGGUUCAGUGUGUUGGGGAAGACUGCGAUGUUCAGCCCCAGUGAACUAGAAGGUGAAGUUGAUCAUUCGUUUUUCGACAGUGACUGUGAUGAUAACAGCGCCAGCAAAGAUGAAGGGGAAAAGAAGAGCACACCAGCACAUACGAGUCUACAUGCAAAUAAGACAGAAAAUACAAACAUUGACUUGUCCCCAAAGACUGAUGAGACCAGAAAACUCAUAAAGCCAGUCGACAACAAUAGUAGCAGCAUAGCAGAAAGGAAAGAAAACAGCUGUCAAUCAAAGGAAGAAGAGAGGAGCAGGUCCAGUGUAUCAUUUGUUACCUGUACAUCAGAUAAAGUCUUCAAUAAUAGCAGUCAUAGUGAGAAAGACAUUAAUUCGGUGUCAGAAGGGCCCGAUGGAACAUCUAUGACUUUGAUGGCUGAAGGUAGAGAGGUAGAUUGUAAGAAUGUGUACAACCAGAGUCCAAAAGAAGAAAAAGCAUUACCGUCCACACACUCGGGCUCUAAAGGGAGAAAUAAACAAUCUCCUAAGGAAAUGAUAGGAAAUCAGCACACCCAAAGUCCAUACGCCACUUCGAAUGAUUGCAGUUUUGAUGCGGACUCAGAGAGCUCCUCUAGGAGUAGCAGUGGGAGAAGCAGUUCAAAUUCCUCCAACCUUCCCAGGCCCAACAAGCUUUCUUUAUCCCCUGGAGUGAGAAGGACCCAAGUGGGCUCAGCAGGAUCUCAGGAUGUGCCUAUCGGCCGUGCAGAGGAGUCAGAGGAUACAGUGACAGAUGUGAGCCCUCUCUCCUCUCCUGACAUCAGCCCUCUCCAGUCGUUGGACCUGAACCACACAGAUGCUGAAGAGGGAAGCUUUAAAGAGCAGCAGCAGGAGAGUGUGCCCUCCAGUGGCCUGAGCAACAUGCAUCAAGAUGUAGACGAGGGCACCCUGAGGUCAGAGAGUCAGCUUGGAGGUAAUCUGGUCUUCAACUGUCCUUAUGGGAGAAACAGGAAGAACUUCUCAUUCACCAAUGACGAGGUCAAACGCAUAGAUCGUGAGAAUCAACGACUUCUUCGGGAGCUUUCGCGCCCUUCCCCAGGGCCCAGAGCAGGAAGUACAGUGAAGAAGAGAACCCCCACGGCCAGCAAGUCACCUCAGGUUCGCCUCUCUCACAGCGCACUCAACAGGCAGCGGGAACAGCAGCGCAUCGAGAGGGAGAACCUGGCUUUCCUGAAGAGACUGGACUCCACCAAGCCUACACCUGGCCUAAAGCGCUCAGAACAACUAGAAGACUACCAGCGAUACGUUGGAUCUCCAUCGUUUCCCAACUCAGGACCCAGGCCGGCCAGUUCAGCCCGCCACAGCUCCAGAGCAGUUUCCACCACCACUGACUCCAGCACAAUCCCUGUACCCAGGCCAAGUGCAGUGAAACCAGCCUGGUGCUGAGAACACUGCCCGUCUCAGAGAUAUCAUCUAUAAAGAAGCACUUUGCUGGUUCCCUUUAGUGAUAUCUGUUGGUAUCCAUUCAUCACAAAAGGUUAUGUUUUAAAGGUACUAAGCUUAAAGCAUCUGUUUUUGUUCACAUGCACGGGUUCACCAUACAUUCAGUUCACUUUAUCAACUAUUUGCUUAUCAGUUCUAAAGAAGAUGGACUGUUUUCCACUCUUUGAUGCUUAAAUACAGCAGAUUGUGCUCUGAGCAGUUGUGAUGCUUUUGAAGUUCAGUUGUGGUUGUGGUAUUGCAGUAACUCUUCAUGAAAGUUAGCUGUAUUUUUUGUUAGAAAUAUGUCCUACACGCCAACAGCUGUGUUUAAAAAAACCCAAACAUUUCAUUAUUUCAGUGACGUUUACAUAAAAUCUCCAAUUCUUUCUUUGCCACUUUUAUUUGCACGGUUUAUGAGAAGAGAAUUCAGUUUUAUUUUUUUAUUAAAAAGAUAUUUGAUGUUCUGUAUAUUCUGUUCCUUAUAAAAUAAAGCUGCUUGUUACA